UGUUCACCCAAACUACCCGAGAAAAUUAACCGCUCCUGACAGUAACCAUAUCCAACCCGGAUGAAGUGAGCGAACCCGUGCGAGACCCGUCAAAGCGACUCAGAGUGUGUCUUUCACCUUGGAGCGAGUGGCGGUGAUAAGAAGCAACAUUCCGCGGGGAAGAAUCGUUUGCGAAUAUAAAAACCCUAACUAACUCGGAAGCCAUGGAGGUUGUUUCGCAACCUUUGUACUGCUACACCACUGCAACUGCCAAAACCUUCAGGUUUUGUAAACAACCGCUUCUCAUUCCAAAACAUCUCUCUCCUUCUUCUUCAACACAUUUUCCCUUCUUAUCUUUCCGCACCACUCUCUCUCAUCGUCCUUCUCCUCCACCACCUGUUUUGUUUGCCACGCCGGAGAACCAAUUGAGUGUUGGGGAAGGGGAGGAUACUUAUACAAGUGAUUCGGCACUUCAAGAUUUUUAUUUGCUGAGGAGGGAUGUUGAAAUUACGUCACAGCGUGUCAAAGAGAUUAGAGAAUCAUCUGGUCUACAGCUACUGGAGCAAGAACUUGUCAAUUUGGAGGAGGAAGCAUCUAGUAGCUCCUUUUGGGAUAAUCAAGCUAAAGCUCAACAGACUCUUUCCACAUUGGCUGAUGUCAAAGAUAAGAUAAAAUUGCUCAAUGAGUACAAAACUCAGGUUGAGGAUGCAGAAACCAUAGUUAUGCUGACAGAGGAAAUGGAAUCCGUUGAUAAAGGGCUUUAUGAGGAGGCUUCUAAUCUUAUUAAAGAACUGAAUAAGUCACUUGAUCGGUUUGAGCUGACUCAACUUCUUUCUGGCCCUUACGAUAAAGAAGGUGCUGUUAUCUCUAUUACAGCAGGUGCUGGAGGUACCGAUGCACAGGACUGGGCGGAUAUGCUUCUUAGGAUGUACAUGAGAUGGGGUGAAAAACAUAGAUACAAAACCAGAGUGGUUGAGAAAUCUCUUGGAGAAGAAGCUGGAAUUAAAUCUGCCACCAUCGAAGUUGAAGGUCGCUAUGCGUAUGGGUAUUUGUCUGGGGAGAAAGGAACACAUCGCAUUGUUCGGCAAUCCCCUUUUAAUUCCAAAGGUCUUCGCCAGACAAGCUUUUCUGGUGUUGAAGUCAUGCCUCUUCUUCCAGAAGAAUCUCUGGAUGUUGAAAUUCCUGAGGAGGACCUGGAGAUUAGUUUUUCAAGAGCAGGUGGAAAAGGAGGUCAGAAUGUGAACAAGGUUGAAACUGCAGUUCGGAUUACACAUAUCCCAACUGGUGUUGCUGUUCGUUGCACAGAGCAGAGAUCCCAACUAGCAAAUAAGAUAAAGGCUUUAAGCCGUUUAAAAGCUAAGCUGUUGGUGAUAGCUGAGGAGCAACGUGCAUCCGAAAUUAAGCAGAUUCGAGGAGACACGGUGAAGGCUGAAUGGGGACAACAAAUUAGAAAUUAUGUGUUCCAUCCAUACAAACUAGUAAAGGAUGUAAGAACGGGGCAUGAUACCCCAGAUAUCGCGUCUGUUAUGGAUGGCGAGUUGGAUCCCUUCAUCAAAUCUUACCUUAAACACAAAUACAGUAUGACAAUGUCUACAAGUGGGGUCAACUAAUAUCUUAUUUAGAAAUCCUAUUCGAUGGAUGGGGAAGUUAUGGUUGUAUGAUCUCCUUCAACUUGUAUUUUCAUGGGACAUAAACGUGAUUUUGUUAAAUGUCUGUAAUAUAUCAAAAAUAAUUUCUCUUCAUUUUAAUUUAA